AUACGUGAUUUUCUGCUUAUUUAAGGAGAUACCCAUGGGGUCCAAAGGGUUCUUUGUUUUUCGCUCCGUUCAUUCUGUGCAGGAGGAUUGGCGUCGACAGCCAUGGACUAUGAGAGCAUCUGUGCCCAGUUGGCAGAGAAACAGACAGUCGGAGGAAAGAAGAAGAAAAAGAAGCAGAAGAAAAAAGACAAGUAUGCCAUGCAAGCAGCCAGUACAGAGGACAAGAGAGCAACCACCACCCUCCCUCAACCCCACAGCGAGAGGGAGAGGAUGAGUUCUUCCACUCCCCACCUCGCCCCCCCUCACUCCCCCUCACCCUCCACCCUCCCAUCUUCACCCCCUCCCCACACUCCCACCCAAGGACCUCAGUCUGACCCAAUUCGUCACCGCUCGCCCCACCACCAUCAUCAUCCACCGUCCUAUGGCACCAUAGACAUUGACAGAGAUCGCUCACGCUCAGCCACGCCCACUUCGUUUUCCUACACCAGCGAUGACGAGAAGCUCCACUUGCACCACAAGGAGGAAGAAGAGAGUGAUAAACCGACUAAUGAUAGGGGCAGGAGUAGAUGUCCUUGUUGUAGAACUAUGUAGCUAUGUCCCUUUGUAUUGAUGCACCAUUAUUAUCAUGACACGUCUCUGAAAAAGGGU